CACGUGGGCCUGCCUCCUUCCCGGGGAUGGCCGUGGGCCUCGCGAGCGGCCAGUUAACCUCUGAGGAGCCGGAGGGGCGCGGGCAGUGAGUCUUGCCAUCAGACACUAUUCAAGCUUGAUUUGAUCUGGAACCCUGUUAUGGAUCUUUUUGGAAUCUGUGGUACAGGUAGCUGUGAAAUGUGAAGUCUGAAUUGAAAGAAUACAAAAGAAAAUAGAUCUAUGUCAACACCAUGUUUUUGACACAGCUCUUUUCCUGGCAUGCUUGUCUACAGACGUCUUCAAUACUGAGAAGAUUUGGAGGGCAAGCCACGUCAAAGGCCCCGAGAUGUUGCUGGAGUAAUUGUUUGAAAAGGAUCUCGGUUCCAUGUGGGAAAUAUUUUUCAACUAAAACCGUUCUAGGCAUAGAAACUAGCUGUGAUGAUACAGGAGCUGCGGUGCUGGAUGAAAGAGGCAACAUUUUAGGAGAAGCACUGCAUUCUCAAAAUACAGUUCAUUUAAAAACAGGUGGAAUUGUUCCUGUGGUCGCUCAACAACUUCACCAGGAAAACAUUGCAAGGAUAGUACAACAAGCCCUCUCCGCCAGUGGGGUUUCUAUGGAGGAGCUCUCGGCCAUUGCAACAACGGUCAAACCAGGCAUUGGUUUAAGUCUUGAAGUUGGAUUGGCAUAUAGUUUACAACUGUUGAAAAAAUACAAAAAACCUUUCAUCCCCAUCCAUCAUAUGGAGGCACAUGCCCUUACUAUUAGACUGAUCCACCCUAUAGAGUUUCCAUUCCUCGUACUACUGCUAUCUGGAGGUCAUUGCAUAUUGGCAGUAGCGCAAGGAAUUUCAGAUUUUCUUCUCCUCGGACAAACAUUGGACACUGCACCAGGGGAUGUAUUGGAUAAGUUAGCACAGAGACUGUAUUUACGAAAGCACCCAGAGUGCUCUGACUUGAGUGGUGGACAAGCGAUCGAACACAUGGCCCAGCAGGGGAAUAGGCUGCGGUAUGAAUUCACAUCUCCCAUGGAGAGGCAUUUCAAUUGCAACUUUUCCUUUUCUGGGCUACAAAGCCAAGUGGUGAGAGCGAUUGAACAGGAAGAAAAGGCAGAAGGUCUUCAGGAAGGUCAGCUCCUCUCCUGCGUCUCGGACCUUGCUGCAGCGAUCCAACACACGUUAACCAUUCACAUUAUGAGGCGAACCCACCGGGCCAUCCUCUUCUGCAAAGAAAAAGGGCUCUUGCCACAAAAUAAGGCAACUUUGGUGGUUUCGGGAGGUGUUGCAAGUAAUCAGUAUAUCCGCAAAGUUCUGCAGAUGGUAGGAGAUACCACUGGCACCACCUUGCUAUGUCCUCCUCCAAGGCUCUGCACUGACAAUGGUGUCAUGAUCGCAUGGAAUGGUGUUGAAAAGCUUCGUGCAGGAUUAGGUAUCUUACACAAUGUGGAAAACAUGAGAUAUGAAACAAAAGCUCCUCUUGGAAUUGAUAUAUCGGAACAUGUCAAAGAAGCAUCCAUCAGAGUGCCAACCCUAAAAUUGACAAUUUGAUAUUUGAUUUUUUUAAAAAAAUACUUCAAAUUUGCAGAAUAUGCCAUAGAAGUUUCUUCCAGGAUCAUGUCCUCUUUAAUUCAUUAUGUCAUAGAGUUGGAAGAGACCACUGAGACCAUCCAGCCAUGCAGGAACAUCCAUCAAAGUACCCCCGACAGAUGGCCAUCCAGCCUCUGCUUAAAAACCUCCAAAGGAGGAGACCCCCACCACCCUUCGAAACAGCCUAUUUCACUGCCGGACAGCUCUGACUGUCAGGAAGUUCUUCCCAAUGUUCAGACGGAAUCUCUUUUCCGUAUGUCAUUGCAUAGCAAGAUUUUUGAUACUAUUUUAAAGAGAAAAUCAUGACAUCAAUAUGAAAAAUACACAGAAAACAGUGCAAGAGAUUUGUAGUAACCUACAUAUUUUACCCUAUUCCAUAAAAGUGGGUAUUUAAGGAUUUGCCAACAUUGCAAAGGAGUUCAAUAAAGGGCUAAACUUAACUCAUGAGAAGAGAAAGAAGGCAAGCCCCACUCCCUUCCAGCAGGAUUAGUAGAAACAACUUGUGGAAGUAGAAGUUGGGGUGAGAAGAUUCCAUUUCUGGGCCCCGUCAUUUGUGUACAUGGUUACUUGGUUAGACUUGUUGACUGUGUAGCUUUAGUUAUGGAAACAAAUUAAAAUAAUCAUCUUUUUGGAAUUGUCCACGCUAUAAAUAUUUUUACUAUAUUACUAUUUAGCACAAUGUCUGACACAGUUAUCCAAGUGUAACUUGAUAUGAGUACAGUAGUGCCUUGCUUAACGGGCGCCCCGUUUAACGAUGAAUCCACAUAGCGAUGAAGAUUUUGCGAUCGCUUUUGCGAUCACAUUGCAGUGGUUUAGAUAGGAAAAAAUUGCUUCAUGAUUAUCGGUAACCUGUUUCGCUUACCGAUUAUCGCAUAGCGAUGAUU